AUGACUCUCUCGCAGGGAAUGACGAUCAUCGAGCCUAACAACAGCAUUCCUGUCGAUCGGGAUGCCUGCAUUGAGCUCAUCCAGUCGUGCCGGAGCGUUGCCAUGGCAUCGAUCGCGCAUUCUAAAUCCCAGCAUCUCUUCCACAGCGAUUCCUUCGUGAGGAAUCAGAUGAUCCGGGCGUAUGGGCGGUGCGGCGACGCAUCGCGCGCUCGAGAUAUCUUCGAUUCCACGCCGGCAAACAGGGAUCGAUUCUCGUGGGGUCUUCUUCUCGCAGCAUAUGCCCAUAAUGGGCAUCUUGAGCUUGCGAAAGAAACCUUUGAUUCCAUGCCCCGGCACAACCUCGUCGCCUGGACGACGAUGCUAGCAGCGUUUUCUAAUCGUGGACACGUGACAGAAUCUAAGCGGUUGUUUGACUCAAUGCUAGAACGAAAUAUUCUGUCGUGGACCGCUAUGCUUUCUGCAUAUGCCCAGGCCGGAAAUCUGGAAAGCGCCAAGUCCUUGUUUGAUUCCAUGCCCGAGCACGAUCUAGUCGCUUGGAAUGCCCUUCUUUCGGCAUAUUCUAUCAACGGGAAUCUUCACGGCGCAAAGCGCAUGUUUGAUUCUAUGAAGGAGAAAGACGUCGUGUCGUGGAACGCGAUGCUUCACGCAUAUGCCCAAUCAGGGCAUAUUGAUCAAGCAAUAGGGAUCUUUAAGAACACUCCAAUGCAAUCCUUGGUAUCUUGGACGACGAUUCUCGUGGCAUAUUCACAAACCGCGCUCUUGGAUAAAGCAAAAGGGCUGUUUGACAAGAUGCCGGAGUGGGAUAUAGUCUCUUGGAAUGCUAUUCUGUCAGCAUAUGCCCGGAGUGGGCGUGUCAAGGAGGCAAAGAGGCUGUUUGAUGGAAUGGAGGAGAAGGAUCUAGCGUCGUUCAUAACCAUGGUGACGGCAUAUGCUGGUAACGGACAUUUGGAGGAGGCCAAGGUCUUUCUUGACGGAAUGGCACAAUGGGACAUUGUCACGGUGACGGCGCUGCUAACGGCAUAUGCUGAGAGAGGGUAUCUGGAAGAUGCUAAGCGCUUGUUCGAUGGCAUUGAGAAUCCAGACCACAUUCUCUGGGCAGCAAUGCUUAACGCAUAUUCCCAAAACGGGUAUCUCGCUGAAGCGCUAGAGCUCUUUCGAAUGAUACCCGAGCACAACAAUUUCCUCUCCAUUGCGAUGCUCGUAGCAUAUGCCCAACGUGGGCAUCUAAAUCUCGCGAUCUCUAUAUUUGAUCGCCUACCGGAGAGGAACUUGAUUGCCUGGAACGCGAUCCUGGCAUCAUGCGUCAACAACGGACGAUGCGAGGUUGCGGUUGAAAGCUUUCACUCGAUGAAGCUCGUGGAUCUCCCGGAUGAGAUGAGCUUCAUGUGUGUUCUUGCGGGUAGUGAGCUCCAGUCGAGCGUCAGCUCCUUCCUCUCGAUGAUUACGGACUUUAACGUCGUGCCGAGCAAGCAGCACUAUUCUUGCGUCAUUGAUCUCCUCGCGCGAUCCGGGCACUUGAGCCACGCCAAAGAUCUCAUCACAAACAUGCCAUUUGUUCCAGACGCUCUCGACUGGAGAUCUUUACUCGCUGCUUGCAAGAGCUCCAACAAUCCGGGACUGGGAAUCCACGCCACGAAACAAGUCGUGAGUUUGGAGCCUAGAGAUUCGUCGCCUUACAUGCUCCUGGCAAACUUGACCACCGAAAACCAGGAACUUCUCUAA